AUGGAUCUGUCGAUAUGGGGUGGUACCGAGGAAAUCGAGUCCAGCGAUAGUGAUUGCCUCGUCGUUCUAGUCAGUUUGAGGCCGUUAAAUCUUUAGCUUUCUCUCUGUAGGCUUAUCUACGACUUGGAAAUUGCCCCAUAAACAUAUCAACCACCGUGGACAACCCAGACACCACAUCUAUUCCCUGCCUCAUACACGGCAGUAAUAAAAUCCUUUCGGUCCCCAACAUUCUCAGCUAUCUACGGAGAGAGGUACUGUUUAUAUUUUCUGUAUUUUGAACAUUCUAGAAUUAUGGCUUGGAAUACAACCUCUCAGAUGUGGAUUCAUCCAUGCUGGAGUCUCUUGUGACCUCAAUAGAGCGGCGUAUCACGCCGGCAGUACGGUGGUUCCUUUGGGCUGAUCCCAGUGUCUACCACUCAUACACUUCGAAGUAUUAUGGGUCCUUGAUGAGUUGGUUCCACGGCUUUUAUCAUUUGAGGCGAUGCCGUGGGAACAUAAUGAGGAAUGCUGAAAAUUCUCAGAUUACUCAUUGUACGAAACGGCACAAUCGUCCGUCAGAUAUAGAAUCAUCAGUGAGUUUUUUUCUCUUCUUCAAAGCAGGCCAUCUGUUUUAAAGCUGCACCGAAGAGAUAAAUUCCGAAUUAGUAUUUUCGCUUUCAGUUUUGGCUCUCGAUUAACCAGUAGCUUUAAUUUGUACUUUCUCUUAUUAUACUGCUGCACUGACUGCAGCCCAUUUAAACUGAUGGGACUUCCUGCCGCCUCAAGUUAACUAUCUGUGUUCGUCAUCCCGCAGCUGUCGUGCAGAGACUUUUCCCGAUAUAUCGCUACCACCCCGCAGUAUGCAUGCUACCGCUGGUGUGUAGCCCUAUGCACAAUAUGAGGUUCCAUAGCCGAGUAUAUUGUGGUCUUGCAUAGCAUAUUAAUUAGUCGGCCUCUGGAGUCGUAACAUACGUAGGCGAUAGUUUACUUUGCACGUUCUCUGAUAGCAUUUUAUUCCGUAACAUUCAUAUCUAGUUUUCUAUGCGAACUCGGAUUCGGCUGGAUAAGUUAGGCUUUGUUGACAAAAGUCGUUUCACGAGGCGGUUAGACCAGUAUUACUUCAUACGACGCUGCACAUACCUAGGCUCCGAUUCCGAUAAUUGCAUAUCUGGCAAUCUGUCCCAAUGCUCAGUACUGGAAGUGUGCGUACACUGAGAUGAGGGAUAUGUCGUACGCACAGUAAGUUUUUUGAUAAAACUUUCGGUCAUGUUAGUGCCGUAGCUGGUCCUAGUUGUCUGAUCUGUAACUGUUAACUCAGCCUGAUUUCCCCUACGGGUUUACAGUUCUCUCAAUCGACAACCCUCCUCAGGCACGUUGUUUGUCUCAACCCCGCCCAAAUCCCUCCCCCCUUUUUAGCUAUAUGAAGGCGCCAUGCGUUGUCUCACAGCUCUUUCAUACAUUCUUGGGUCAAACAAGUUCUUCCUUGCAAAUCAGUAAGCACAACGUUUUACUUUCUUUCUCCAGGCAUAUAUUGCUUUUCUCAUGAAGUUAUCUAAGUUGACUGGUUCGCGAUUAUCAGUAAAUCUGCCUACGUUCAGUUUUCUCUUGUGGAAUCGAUCUAAUUCUCUUGUAUCGAUUAGCACCAGAACUGGUCUGACCAGCUACAGUCUCUACCGUGUCACAGACCACUUAGUAUUGUUUCUUAUCGGAGGAAGGGCAGCAGAGACUUAUUUUCAAAUUGCUAUUCCAUUCCUAAAAGUAGAAAGCUGUCAGUGCCGGUACUCGUCUUAGGUCAGACUUGAUUAAAUCUGUUCAAUUUUUUCCCAUUUGUCGACAUGAUCACAGUCUCACUCCGGACAGGGGUUCAGAAAUAGUAGAUUGCCUACAGCUAACGCUUAGCACAAUUACAUGCGCAAACAUUCUCCUCGUCCUAAUAUGGGACCCCUUGUCAGUGACAAAGUUCCGCGUUUAAAACAUGAGCGUCGGUCAGGACCAGAUAUCUCAGAUUGUCGAAGAUGCACAAAGGCUGCAUUUCGCUACCGUGGAGCAAAAUGUUUUUCACUGUGGUGUCAUACACUCGGACCACAAGUGCUUUCAGGGACAGGAGUACAUACUGUGAUGAAACUUCCAUGCCGCCAGUCAGUAGCAGUCGAGAGGCUCUGAGGGUGACAUUGCUAUUACUAGGCGAUUCCCCUCUACCCCUUCGUUUUCAUAGUUUCAGUGCGCCGUUGUCAUUUUUUUAUAAUAUAACUUAAAGGCGCUGUGGGCAGACCACAGUUGUGUCCUUAGCUACUUUUUUGUGGUGACCUAACACUUGUCCACAUGAACUCUCCCCAUGCUUUGAUUACUCUCAAGAACUAUUAGGGUAUGCGUCCAACCUACAGGAUCCUGGAACGGCAGCUCUGUUAGCCGUGUCUGAAACUCAACGGAACAAGACAUUCGAAUGAUCCUUUCUUGAAACACCGGUUUUCUAUCCGAAGUUCGUAGUACCGCAGUUCACUACGAAGACGAAUGACUUUCCGGUUCAUCGUGCUGAUACAUCCCUGUCGGGAGGGGUCGUGGAGGAGUUUGGAAUUUUCGUGUUGAUUCGGAAGUUUACUGCCCCUAUAGCCCCGAUGUCUCGAGUUAACCUCUCCUUUUAAGUAUUUGCCGUAGGAUGGUGCCACACCCAGACCUAUUAAACGUAUGUUAAUGUCUUAUCGGUCCAGUCGUUUGACCGAGCCAUCUGGGAGCAGGUUUAAGCUACUUGAGUGGUCAAAGCACAACUCGACCGACGAGUUUGUGGCUUCAAAGUUUGCAAACAGGGACACCUUUUGGGCAGUAUUGACGUCAAGGUUGCCCUGAGGCGCCAUUUCAACGUCGAGUCCUCACUUGCGUAUGGUCUGUGCUGAGCCCACUGUUUGUAUUUCAUUUUAUGGCCGAUGACGGCACUUUUCCAUGUUUUCGCACUCUUCUCCUUUUGACCAAAUUCUGUCGUAUCUGUUAUGAUUGGCAGACCUCUCUUCGACGUGAUGAUUGUCACUGAGUACCAUUAGUCACUGGGCGAAAUGAAGGAUAGGCCAUCUUGACGGUAAUCGACUGAUACUGUCCCUCCACUGCAAUUCUUUUUGAAUGUCCUAGCGUAGACGACAACUGUAUUUAUCCUCUUGACUGCAACGCAGUCAUGUGCGGCAAUAGAUGUGUUUUAUACUGCUGGUGCGUUGUUUGCCUAUUGCAAUGCCACGUCUGUCAGAGCUCUCAAACACACUGCAUCACCGCUACUUCUGUAGGGCAGGCCAAAACCCGUGAGUUGAGUUCUACGCAUCGUAUCUGUCUGGAGGACCUGGUUCAACCGGGGUUUGUGACUGGAGGAUAAUAAUCACAUUGCCCGGCUUUUCGGCUACCUCUUUUUACCCAUUCACUGUUUACUGUCUUCGGGAGGAUUGGAUUCGAAUUAAUAUCGAUCUCUUGAAGAUUGCAGAUACAGCAGGUGGCGUAUCUCAUGAAAUUUCGAAAUAUACUCGUGGUUAUGAAGAAUUACUUAGGUGCGCUUGUUGUACUGUGCAGCCUAAUCCAAAGAUGUUUCAGUCAUGCCAGAAUACCGGCCCUUGAAUGCGCGUCCUCCCGGCUGCCUGUGAAAAUCGCACCCUCUAAAAAUUACCUUUUACCUAUUAUGACUUUUCCACUUAUUUUCUAUACUCUCACAAAUCCAAAAAUAUUUUGCAGAAAGCAUAGACAAAAAUAUCCGCUAUUGUACUCAGGUAAAUUGCGUUUUAUAAACAACUGGUAUCUUCCUGUAUCUAGAGGCAUUUCCGACUUCCGAAUGAUUUAGAGGUCAACCGGUGUUUAGAGCUUCCAAAUAACAAACUGUGCACUCAGAUUUAAGGAAAAUUAUGCAUGCCUAGAUGCCAUGAAGAAGGUGCUAUGCAGGGUUCAUGACAUUUUGCAAUUUAUAUAAACUACGUUAUCUGCUUCUUAAGAGCCAUCAAUAAACGAAUGAAUACGAUGCUAUCUGGAGAAACCUUUCAUGAUGUCAAAAUAUCAUAACUACCAGCAUUUUUAAAUCUAUAGCUACCCUUUUUUCGAGUAAGAGUUUUGAAGAGAACGUAUUUUGACACAAAAUAAGUGCAAGGAAGUAUAUUUUUGCGCAUGUUUCCCAUAAACAUGUUUGGAUUUAUAGGGGAAUUGAAGAUCAGUGAAAAAAAUAGUACUCCUUAAGUAUUUAUUUUAGCCAGCGAGAUUUUUUACAGGCUACUGAAAAGACGCGCAUAUAUAGACCGGCAUCUCGGCCCGACCAAAGUACCAUCUUGGGAUUGUGUUUGCAAGCCCGCGGGGCUCCUAUUUCGAACUUUCAGCUAAUAUUGGAGUUACGUCACCUGCUGUGGGUUCUGACACACGAGUCUCAGUGCGUAAUAUGAUAGAUAACAAGGAGUCUGUUAAACAAGGAGGGAUUUAAGAAGUACUACUUGCAGAGGCGUGGCGGCUACCUCUAAUGGUAAGUGCCGUGACUAGCUACUCAAUGGCCGAAAUAGCCCGGGUUCUCCAGGCCGGUGAUGAUGACGACGAAUAAGCUAAAAAAUAAGCAUUUCCUUUGUUGGUGGCUUUUACGAUCAUUGGUUGCCCUACUAAUCGAAUAUGUCUUUACAGAAGCCCAAAGGAAAACGGAAGGCACCGCAUUCCGUCCUGCACUGGGGUUGGCAUGGCGAAUGCCAUCCCCGUGUUACUUUUGGAGCUGCCAACUAAUCCUUUUGCAUGCGGCCGCACAGACAGUGGAUAGGUUAGCGAAUAUUCCGCCGAAGCUGUCGGAUUUAUCCUGAAGAGGCUUGUUCCGCGGAAUUCACUCCAAACACAUGCACUAACUCUAGAGGAAAGUAAUCGGCCUAAUCUAAAGCACUUUUUUCCCAGAGUAUAAAUUGAAAACGGGCACAUACAGCAGAAUUUUUUGGGGCCAAUAACUUCGUGACGGCUUUUCAACUGUAGCCCGUCUCUGCAUCACACAGAUAACGAAUGAAAGAAGCGCACAGCAGUAUGAAUUUGUACAGAAUGUCAAUGCAAGGUCAAGGUUCAAGGCAAUGAAUAGUCAGAUGAAAGACUUUUCCUUAGGCAUUAUGUAGGAGAGAGGGAGACGGAAUGUUAACAACAAAUCACAGUCACGAGUGACUUGAGGCGUGAAGGUUACUAGGGCAAUUGCACUAACACCUAGAAACUGGAGUAUAUGUCAGAGAGGACUCUAGGGGACUCGCUAGCGAGCCGGAUCCCUCACAGCUGGGUCAUACAGCUACACAUAAACAAUCAAAGUAUGCGUCUAAGAAUAUGUCACAUCAGUACAUGCCUGUUGACUUGACAGUUGUUGUAGCGAAUUGCUUCAAAGACCGGCGCUUUGACUUCGUUAUUAUUUCAAUUAAGCUGGCCACAGUAAGUAGUCAAUGAGUCGGAAAUACUUUACAAAAAAGAGGAGGGAGGAUUUCCGAUUAUAAGUACUGCUUGUCCCCCAACGCCUUCCUUGUUCCUCAUGAUGAACUCGCCUGGGUGCCCGAAACCUCAGCCGAUGAGGAUCUGUGUCCCAGUGCUAGGAAAGCCCUUGUCGUCCGCAGGCCAUGAAUGCCUUGGGAAUCGAAUAUGUGCCUCUACACGGUGGGACAACUGUCUCACAUGUAGGAUGCCAACGGAUGUUGAUGGUGUUGAUGACGACAACGAUGAUGAUGAUGAUGAUGACGACGACGAUGAUGAUGAUGAUGAUGAUGAUGAUGAUGAUGAUGAUGAUGAUGAUGAUCCGCAUACUCUUCAUUUUACAGACCUACUGCAGUGGAUGCCUACCUCUUUGGACGCCUGUGGCCCCUGCUGAACUACGAUCUGCAGCGGAACAGCAUAAAAGAUCCGCCUGCGCGACUGAUUGCACACAUCUACCAGUGUGAGAAUCUCUUCAACCAUUGCCAACGCAUCCAGCGCAUGUGCUUCCCCACGGCCAGAUUUACCAUGCGUUCAGGCACGUAGAUCCUCAUUUCUGAUCCCCUCAACUGUCACUCUUUUUUUAAGUAUCCAUACUCUGCGCCAAUGCAGAGUACCUGGUUUGUAACUAACUUCUACCAUAACCUGUAGGGAAUCGUUACAUUUUCGCAAGGACUGUGCAUGUUGUUUCGGAACAUCUUGGAACUACCUGUUGCGUGGAUAAGUGCCAAACAACUGGUCUUUAAAGAAAGACCAUGCCGUGUUUAAAAAUGUAUUCAUUGAGUGAGGUGAAUGGCUCAAGUGCAGAGCGAGCUUCCUCCAUACUUUUCGAAUAAAAUUCCCCGGCUGGAUGCUGCAUAGACUUCAAAGCGAAGUCGUCGUUGUCCCACUUGAACCUGACAACGGCGUCGAGGGGCUCAACUACGGACGUAAGUAGACGUAAUAAAAGCUGACCUCGGGGGACAUCUCUGACUCUGUGGUUUCCAAGCUCCGUGACUGGCCUGCUAGCUAGCCCGACUGGACUCGGAGUGAAUCGCCGAUCAAAAACACAAUUUUGUUUGGAAAUGAUAGCACUUCUCGUGGAAUGUAUUCUUCCGAACACUGAACCUCCAAGACAAAUAGGACUGUCCGUAUGGAAUCUAGCAAUCAGGAUAGAUCAGUGAAUAUCCUUCCUAGUCGGCUUUGAUUAUCCUAGGUACAGCUGACAGGUCGCAAGCCGGUGACUCGAUCGUCUACGGUUUGAUCUAAUGUUGAAUACUGAGAGACCCAAAUUUUCCUUGCCGGCGGUCCGUCUGUGGCUGGCGGCAGACGGCUGCAAAUGAAGCAGAAAAUAGCCGUUCCACCCUCGUUUCUCCUUGUCAGUAAUGUGUUUUCAGUUUGCUACUUAAACACUUGCUGCACCCUGGCUGUGACGAAGAUCGGGCGCUGGGUCGGCCAGUCUCGCCUUGCUGGUUGACAGUAACCCCCACGCAGUUGUCUUUCAAAUCGUCCAUACUCGCCUCGAACGAUUUUUUCUACCUAAACUGUCAUCCUCUUUCACCCCAACCCCCUCCUCCUGCCACCGUUUAUUUGUUUACCCGCCCAACUCAUGAAGAUGCAGCCCCUCGCCAGCAUAUUAUAUUAUAUACAGAUGCUACUGAACCGUAAUCAGUACGCAUUCUAACUGCGCUUAUUUUGUCUGAAUUUCUAGGACCAAACGCCCAGACUGAGGCCGAAGUUGAGACGGCCAAUCAGAGCCUCCUAUCCUCUUCCUCGGCCUGGCUUAGGUCUCGUCCUCUUCGUGAUGGUAUCUUCUUUGGGGCCUUUGUGCUUACAGUCAUGGCCGUGUUUGCCGUCCGCGUGGGAAUCGUCCAUAUCUCCACGGAAGACGAGGAUGGAGAGGGUGUGGGAACAGGUGGAGAUCAUGAGGAGGAAGAAGAGCCAGAAUUUCUCCCUUCUACUGACAACUAG